AUGAUCCAGUUCGUGCCGGACGGCGCCCUGCAGGCGGGCGUGGCGCCACCAGCAGCGCCCGUGGUGCCGCGCGUCGCAGGCCAGCAGGCAACGGGGGCCGCGGCGCUCCCCGCGCUGGGAGCAGCCGCCCCGCCAGCGGGGGCCACUGCGCCUGUGGCGCCGCUGCCUGGGCGCCAUCUUGCCCCAGCGGCGGCGCCCUCUCCCGCGGCGGGCCCCGCGCCCGCGCCAGGUGCGGCGGCGGCUGCGGCCGCAUGCGUGCCAGGCCUUGCGGGGGCCGUGGCUGCUGCUCCGUUGGCGGCGGCGCUCGUCUGGGUGGCGGCCGAGAACGUGAUCGACGUCGCUAGGGGCGCGCAGAUCCCUGCUCUCCCUGCCAACGCGCUGAUCUCGGGGGACCGCGGCAUCAUCCCCUGGGCCCGACAUCGCUGCUCUCUCGCAGGAUGCCUGAGGCUGACGUCUACCGGUUUGUGCAUGAUGACUUGCGGGUGCUGCCGAUACAGUGGGGCGCCGGAAGAUCAGAGAGAAUCAGCAUCGCGGAUGCCGUCUCAGCCAUGGAUCCCACGCCGCCCCGUGGAGGAGUAG